AUGUUUUCCGCCUUGAAAAAAUCUUUGAGGAUAGAGCCAAAGGUGGAAGCGCCAAAAGACGUUACUUCAAACACAGUUGCGAAAGAGGAGAAUGUUGAAAAUGUUGGGAUUGAGGACACCAUUGUGGUAAAAGAUCUGGACGCGACAAGAAAGGAAGCAGAGAAGGAAAAAGUCGAAGAUGUUAGAGAGGAAGAUGUUUUGGUGAUAAAAGAUCUAGAUGCCAAAUGGGAAGAGAGACCGGAUAUGAGAGCCGAAGAGGAAGCGAGAGAUAUGGAAAAGGGGGAGGAUGUAAAGGGGGAGGAAGAUACUUUGGUGGUGAAGGAUCUAGAUGUCAGGGUCGAAAGCGAAGGUGUGAAAGAGGAAGAUGUUGAAAUGGAAGUGGAAUAUGUCAACGAGGAAGUUGGAGAAGAGGAAGAGGAAGAAGAAGAAGGGAAGAGAGAAAGAGAGCCAACAAUAACUUCGAAUUCAACAAAUUACAUUGGAAUUCCAUCACCACCAUCAUCAGAAAUUGGUGAUGAAUCUGAUGAUGUUAUUGGAGAUGAAGAAAGCGAAGGGGAACAAAUUAAUUCAACCCCUGGCAACGAUCGUUGCUUAGUGGGGUCAUCUUCGGUAACUGCCGCCAAUCCUGAUUCAGAAGUAAACAAAAAUGAGGAGACCAGCAUAUCCACAACACCACGUCACUCGCGUGCAAUUUCACCAACUCCAAUUGAAAAUCGCAGUCACACACAGAAUCAAGAGAAAAGGAUUUCUUCUUCCACAGCUGAUUUCGAGAUAAACGCUCCGAGUACCCCACCUGCGACACCACCAAGGCUAGUAAGGCGCGAAAGAUCUGCCAGCCAAAGAGAACGCGAGAUCCUACGGUCGAGACAAUUUUCAGAGACAGCACGGUUACAAAGGUCUGCGGAGAAGCCCGAGAAGACUGACGAAAACCUUGGGCUUGGAAAAAGAAGAAAGAGAUAUCAGCAUAGACAUAAAUCCAAAGGGUCAAACGCAGGCUCAGGGGAAGCGUUGAAAGCGGUCGAACCGCUGCAUGAGCAUCAGCUUGGAAAAAUGGCCUUCGCUGAACAGCAGCAGUGGAUUACGGUGCAACAGAAGACCUUCACAAAAUGGUUGAACACCAAGAUAGCACACAGGAAACUGGAGGUAGUGGAUUUGGUUAAAGAUUUGAGCGACGGAGUCAUUCUCAUCCAUCUUCUCGAAUGCCUUUCAAAUGAAUCACUCGGCCGAUAUGCAGCGAAGCCUAAACUACGAGUACAGCGGUUUGAGAACGCAAAUUUAUCGCUGGACUUCAUCAAAUCUAGGGGCAUCCAGAUGACAAACAUCGGAGCGGAAGAUGUUGUAGACGGGAACCGCAAAAUCAUCCUUGGUUUGAUCUGGACACUCAUUCUCCGAUUUACUAUCUCCGACAUCAACUUGGAGGGUAUGACUGCCAAGGAAGGUUUAUUGCUCUGGUGCCAAAGAAAAACAGCCUGCUACGAAGAGGUUGAUGUUCGAAACUUUACAGACAGUUGGAAUGAUGGAUUAGCAUUUUGUGCACUGCUCGAUAUCCACCGACCGGAUCUAAUCGAUUAUGAUACUUUGGACAAGGAUGAUCAUAGAGGCAAUAUGCAGUUGGCUUUUGACAUUGCAACCAAGGAGAUCGGUAUCCCAGCGCUUUUGGAUGUUGAGGAUGUCUGCGAUGUGGCCAAGCCGGAUGAGAGGAGUUUGAUGACUUAUAUAGCCUAUUGGUUCCAUGCCUUUUCGCAGAUGGAGAAGGUUGAAAAUGCUGGCCGAAGAGUGGAAAAGUUUGUUAACAACAUGCAAGGAGCUUGGGAGAUGCAGAGUGCUUACGAGAAGAGGAUGAGAGCACUGUUGAAGAAUAUCAAGGAGCAAGUGAUUACUUGGCAAGAUGCGACUUUCGAGGGCACAUAUGUGGAUGCGAAGAAACAAGCGUCGCAUUUUAGUUCGUACAAAAGAGGCCAGAAAAGAGAGUGGGUAGCCGAGAAAAGUGACCUUGCUGCGUUAUUAGGGAACAUAAAGACGAAGCUUAGCACAUACCGACUUCGAGCUUACGACCCGCCUCCGGAGUUGAGAUUGAGUGUCCUAGAUGAAGAGUGGGCGUUGUUGAUGAAGGGUGAAAUGGCUAGAGGUCAACUAAUAAACGAGACCAUUAGGGAUAUCAAAAAUGCCUUACGAAGAUCUUUUGCCGACAAAGCCAACGAUUUCGCAACGACUUUGAAUACCAUGCAACUGGCAAUAUCAGGAUUGGAGGGUGACGUGGAGGAUCAGUUGGUUCACGUCCGUCGACUGCACGACAACCUUCCACCUCUCAACCAAUUUUUAGAUCAAAUUGAGGCUAUAGACAAGAAGUGCGAGGAAGCGAACAUCGAGGAAAAUGACUUUACGACUUACACCUACGAUGAGCUCUGUUAUGAAAUGAGUCUUGUGAAAAAUUCGGUUGCGAAGAAAUUGGCAUUUUUGGACAAUCAAGUAGUAGCUCGGAACAUGACGAAUCUGACGCCAAUACAACUUGAAGAAUUCGAAAGUGUCUUUCGACAUUUCGAUCGUGACGCUAGCAACAGUUUACAAGAACUGGAAUUCAGUGCAGCUCUGGCCUCACUCGGUCUCGUCUUCUCCGAAGAAGAAAUGCACCAUUAUUUCCUCGAUACAUCAAACGGAAAGGACUAUGUAACGUUUGAAGAAUUCAUCCGAUUUAUGGUGGACGUUACAGAAGAUCAAAACACGGCAGAACAAGUUUUCCAAUCUUUCCGUGAAGUUGCGGAUGGCAAACCUUACGCUCUCGACCGCUGGAUUUGA